AUUGCUCUUUCACUUCCGUAUACAUACUUUUCAGCGGCUAAUCUGAAAAUGUCAACUUAACUUUGCAAUGGUUUUAAUGGUAAAAUUAAGUAAAUAUAAGAUCUGGAUCUAGAGUCCAGUUUCAGUUCUAGUCGUCUAGAACCUCAUUUUUAUUUUCCUAGAUCUACUAUCUAGAUCUAGGAUAAUAAGAUUAAGUAAAUUACUUACCGAAAAGAGGAUUCAAAUCAAAUUAUUAAAAAAAAGUCAAGAGUUGGCAGGGAUAAUAAUGACUUAAAGUAACAAGAGACUAACUGUCACUGACUCACUCCAGAAAUAAUCAAUUCAUAUAAAGGACUUUACCAGUAAAAUACCAAGCCCAUUUAUUAUCAAAUAUUUUGUAAAGAAAAUGGAUUACCACAAAGAACUUGCAGUCUUAAAAUUUGUUAACAUACUGUGGGGCAAGGAGCUUUCCUCUCUGUUCACAUUGAAAGAUGGAGAAUUUUUUGUUUUUGUUAUUCAUUUAAUAGAUCCAAUGGCUCCCACAUGCAGCAAUUCUGAAUCUGAUGACUGCAGGCUUACCUAUGUGAGAACCUUUUUACAGGAUUUUUAUGGUCAGAACACAAACAUUGAAACAUUCAUUAAAUUUGAUAUUUUGUUGAGGGAAAUGAGUUCAUCUGAAGAAAGUAUAAAGCUGGAGCUAGCUAAGAUCUCUAUUGCUUUGCUUGGUAUUGGCUUACUGGGGGAAAGCAAAAAUGUUUUCAUCAACUCUGCUUUGGGUGUACCUCAAGAUCUGCAAGAAGAUGUAUUGGACAUAGUGCAGAGUGUGAUAGUACCAGAUUCUACAGAAGUUUUGCUUACAGAUAGUAUAGACUAUGUCCUACGACAACCUAUAGAGAGAAGAAGACAGUCACCUGUGCAAGAUUUAAUGAAGUCAGAAGAAUAUGUAAAUAGUGUAGAAAAAAAUUAUUUCCUGAGCCCAUUGAUCAGGAGCCAGACACCAGACAGACGGGUAAACUUCCAGGAUGAAUCCUAUUUACGGGAGCUCUCAUCACCUUUCAGUGCUCUGGAUAUUAAAUCCCCAUCAUCCUCCCUGAUCAAUUUGACCAGGUCUCCCCAGUUCAUUCAAAAGGCUGUGAUCAAACAGAAAGAUUUGGAACUUCGAAAGCUGAGAGAAGCACUCAAUUCAGAAAUAAUUCAGAAAGAAGAAGUAGAGGCUACCUUGCAGGAAAAACUUUCAGAACUUGCAAAUAAAGACAAUGAAAUUUAUCAGCUUCGUGACAGAAUUCGUGAACUCCAGAAUGUCUCAUUAUCCUGUGCCGACAAUGAUGAUGUAAAUUCAAAGGCUGAAAUCAAAGAAUUAAAGCAGAAAGUCUACUCCUUGGAGAAAUACAAAGAAAAAUGUGAAACACUUGAAGUAAACAACAGAUUGCAUGCAGAGGAAAUCUCAAGAUUACACCAGAAAAUCAAGACUAUGGACUCUGAUGUAACCGUCAUCAAGAAGUUCAAAGAUGCUGUGCACCAACUGGAGCUACAAGUCCAGAAGCUUCAGGAUGAGCUGCAAGUGAUGAUCAGUUCCAAAGCACAAUGGGAGGAUGAGAAGCGGUGUCUGUGCUGCAAGCUGGAGGUCCUGAGGGACAGUAACACGGACUUGAAGCAACAGCUGGAAGAACUUCAAGGAAGAAUGAUUGAUGGUCAAGUUUUGGAGAGGCUUGACAGUUCAGGAGAGUCCAUGGGUGUUGUAGCAGACAUUCAGAUUGGAGAACUCAAAGAACAAAUGGAGGGACUAGAGCAAGACAAGCAGAACUUACUGCAUCAGCUAGAGCUUUGUCAGAAAGAGCUAGAGAAGGUUAAUAGUCGGGCUUCCAGCCAUGAGCACAGUCAGACGGUCCUGAGAGAGACUAUCAGCAACCUGAACUCAGCACUGACCAUUGAGAAAGACACCAACCAGAAGAUGAAAGUCCACAUGGACAGUUUAAUGACCAAGUACAAGGAAGUCACUUUCAAAAAUGAUCAGAUGCAAAAAGAAAAUGAAGCUUCCGCUGCAGAGAUCAGCAGACUGACUACCUCCCUUGAUGAGACUGUAAAACAGCUGCAGACUUUGCAGAAGCAGCAGACAGAAAAAUCUGACAAGAGCUGCGUCCUUCAACCUCUGAAAGAGCCAUCACAACAAAAGGAUAAGUUGACACUUCAUAAAUCUUGUUCUGGAAAAAAUACAUUGACUGAGACAAAUAGCAUUAGAACAAAACCAAGAUUGUCUUCAGGUUAUGAUAGCCCAGAAAAGUCUAGCCCGUCACUAGAUACUUCAUUUGUGACUGUCUCACUGAAAACAUUGACAGAAGAAACAAAGUCUGGGAGAGCUUGUUUUCUAAGAAAGUCAUCCACCACCGAUAAGUGUGAAGAGGAACCUCUUUUGAAAAGAGACAGAGUGCCAACAUCAUCCCUGCAGUCCAUGAAAGAUCUUCUACAAUCUUUUCUUGCUUUUUUAGCUGGUGUGUUUCCCAAUGCUAUGGCUUGCGCCAAUGAGCCUGAGGAAAACAGCUUUGAAUGGGAUAAGCUGAGCAGAAUCAGGGAUGCAGUUAACCCUUUGAAUAUGAAUGAGUCAAGUGAGAAAAAAGUCAAUCCCUUUCGUGAUGAUGGUAGGAUACAGAAACGUAAACUGCCUCUCAGGCCUAGCUUAAGUGAAAAUAUAGAGAUGGUCACACCUGUUAAACAAAAGAAAACAAGUGGAACAGUCAUCUAUUUCCCAUUAAACCCAGAUGGCCCCAUCUAUCCUCCUCCCAAGCCAACAUUAAAUUAUAAAGGUAAAUCUGGCAGGCCUAACAAAGACAUUCCUGACAGUGGUGUACCUUCUCUGUUGCCGUCUGCUCAAAAGGCCAAUUCUGAGAAUCUAUAUUCAGUUAAUUGGAGAACAAAUCCCUAGAUUUACUUUCAAAAACUUAAUAAAUCUAAUUAUUUGGUAUGUAUGUGAUGAAAUUAAUUAUUCAACAGAGAUUAUAUCUAAUUAUUUGGCCUAUUUGAUGAAAUUAUUAAUUACUCAGCAGAGAGUUAGCUUGAAAAGCAAGUACUAAUCAAAUCAAAUUUGCCUGCUUAGGUUCUGAAAUAUUUGUAAUGCUUAUGUUAGAAUUUUACCUUUUUUUUAUUCUCUAGUUCAUAAUCAUUUUGAGGUGAAAUUUAAAAAAAAGGUAAUGAUUUAUUUUGGUUUAAAUUAUUUUUUUUUUUACAGUCACUGACUUUCAUACAGAAUUUAUUUUUUCAGUAAUUAAAGACUUAGUAUUUAUUUUACUUUCUGAAUUUUCUAUCUCAAAACUAAAUCCAACCAUAUCGUUGCUCUGAUUUUAAUCAAGUCAAAUCAUAUUUCGUUUUGUAAUAGAUUCUUGUAAAGGUCUUGGAGAUGUUUUUUCAAUUAUAUUUUUAAGUGUAAUGAAUACAUACUUUGUAAAGAUAGCUGGGUGUUUAUUUUUAGCUUUUUUUUUCUUCUCUUUUGAUGGUGUCAGGCAAGGCACUAGUACUCUGGUCAAUGAACAUUGUCUAUCUAUGUAUCAAUCUUUUUUCUAUCUAUCUAUCUGCUUUCUAUUUAUUUAUCCUUUUAUUCUUCUAUCCCUCCAUCCAUACAGACAUCCACAAAUUUGAUUUACUGAAAUCGUAAAAUAGGGAAGCAACAUUUUUGUCCAUUAAAUGAUGUAAAAUAGGGAAGCAACAUUUUUGUCCAUUAAAUGAUGUAAAAUAGGGAAGCAACAUUUUUGUCCAUUAAAUGAUGUAAAAUAGGGAAGCAACAUUUUUGUCCAUUAAAUGAUGUAAAAUAGGGAAGCAACAUUUUUGUCCAUUAAAUGAUGUAAGAUCGAUGCACUUAUUGUUCUUUUAUUCUGAACUUUAAAAUCUGCUUUAUUUUUUGUUUUGUUGACCCAGUUUUGAUAUUUACAUAUACAGAGUUGUGUUGCUGACAUUAAUAGAAUAAUAGUAGUCUUCCCCACUUUAUAAAAUCUAGUCUGUAGUUGAAUAUAAAAUAUUGAAGAAAAAAACAAGAACGUAUAGUUUGUAAAUAUUUUUUUUAUGCUGUGGAUGUAUUUUUUAAAAAUGUUUUUUGUAGUUGAAUAUAAAAUAUUGAAGAAAAAAACAACAUAUAGUUUGUAAAUAAUUUUUAUGCUGUGGUUGUAUUUUUUUUAAACUGAUAUAUUUAGCAAUGUCACUUAAAGAAUAUCUUAAGUGCAAAUGUAUUUAUAGUAUUUCUUUUAAUAUAAAUAUAUUUUUAAGAUUGAAUAAUAUGUAAAGAUUUACUAUUGCCAAGGUAAAUGAAUUUGUAUAGAAAAAUAUAACAAUGCACUUUGGCCUUUACAUAAUUUGAUUGUAUGAUUACAUUAUUUUAAAAUGUGUGUAAUUAUGUUUGUCUUUCUGUAGCAUGAUUUGAUGAUAGAUUUUAUAGUUAACUGAAACUAGAAUGAAUUGUAGCGAUCGUAAUUUAAUUUUGUUUCUAGUCCAAGUUUUAUUAAAUUACCACAAAAUUAGAUUUUAUUUCUGUUACCGGGUACUUUGUUUAGUGAUGUUACAUACAAAAGCUCAAUUUUUUUUUUUUUCUGAACUGCAAUGAAGUUUAUUCGUAUCACCAUUUCUCUGCUAUAGCUUAGUGCACAUCAAAUUUCAUUUUUUUUAAAAUUAUAUUCUAUAAUAUGCAUUGGUAGAAUUGGUGGACAUGAAUAAAACUAAUGCAGAUUUUUAAAUAUAUAACAUUGUCUUGUCUUAUAUUUGCUCAAUGUUUUAAAAAAAAUGAAACAAAUGGCCUGAGUAUUGAAGAGAAGACAACUUAACAUGGUUAGUGUAAUGCUUAUCUUCAAGUGAUUUCCCUUGAAUUUUAUUUUUUUAAAUAAAUAAGAUAAGAUAAUUUUAUUGAUCCCCAUUCAAAUGGAAAUUAAGUUUGACUACAAUUGACAACCUCAGUGUAACUACUGCACAAUAACAGUAUAGAUGAAAAAUUUGAACAACAUUCACACACGAAACACACACUCAGAACCAGCGCUUUAUGACUUAGACUUCUAUGUACUUCUGGAUGAUGACAGAUGAUCUUGUAACACUCUGACCCAAAGUGGAAUAAAGGAGUUUUAAAAUCUUUCUGUUUUAGUCCUAAUGGAAAGGAGACGACAUAACAGGUUUUAACGAUAACAAA